AUGAAAUUUAUAUAUUUAAUUAUCUUACAACUUACAUUAGGAUUUUUUUGUAAAGGGAAGUUGUAUUUAUAUCUAUUUAAAAAUUUGAUAGAUUUUGAUAUAGAAUAUAUUAAUACUUAUAAAAAUAAAAUACGAGAAGAAUAUGUUACAAAUUAUAAUACAGUUGUUUAUGAAUAUAUAAAUAAAAAUGUAUAUUUAAAAAAUAAUUAUGUUGAAAUUAAUAUAAAAGGUGCUAUCAAAAAUAUUAGCACAACACUUGUUGAUAAAAUUACAUUUCUAUUACCUUAUCAUGAAGCUUUUCAGGGAACUAAUCUUCAAGUGAAAGAUGAAAAGGAUAUCGAACUUCAUUAUAAAGUUUUAAGAGAUGUAAACGAUAUAGACAAAAUAAAUAUCGAUAAAUUUAACAAUGAUUAUGAUAUAGAAAUGUUUAAUAUGAAAAUAUUUGAAAUAUAUUUAAAUACAAAAUUAAAAAAAAAUGAAAAAAUAUUAAUAAACUUAUCUUAUAUUUUAGGACAACCCUAUUUCCCUUUUCCAAUUGAUAUUAAUUUAAAUGAAAAACAAAAUGUUUUAUUUUAUAUCUCUUCAAAAAUUUUAUUACCAUAUAAUGUAGAAAGUGUAGAAAAAAUAAUAAUACAUAUGUGUAAACAUUGUAUACUUAAAGAAUUUGAUGAUGUAAAUUAUAUGAACUGGUUUGAAAAGGUAGACACAAAUAUAUAUGCUCAUACAAAAAACUAUGAUAUAAAAAAUGAAGAAAAUUUUAAUAAGUUAAACAAUGACAAUCGUUUUUCAUUAGGGAAUAAAGUUUUAUUUUAUUUUACUUCAGAUUAUAAUUUAGGAUAUUUUGAAAAAGUUGUAAAAGAUAUAAAAAUAUCUCAACUAGGUUAUAUAUAUGAAAAGGAAGAAUAUAUUUUAAAAAAUAAUUCUGCAAAAAUAAAUAAAUUUGAUAGAUAUUUGCUUAGUGAUUAUGAAAACAAAUAUACUUUAGAAGAAGAGACCGAAGAAAACAACGAAAAAAAAUAUACUAAUAAAAAUUAUUCAAGCAUUAUAUAUUCUAUGCAAUCUAAAAUAAAUUAUAACAUUUUUGAAUAUAACUAUUUUGAUGAAUUAGGAAAAAUAUAUUUAAUUAGAGCAGGUGAAUUUUAUGAUACACACAAAAAAAAAAAUAUUAUAAAAUUUGAUUUAAAACCAAGAUAUCCAAUUUUAGGGGGUUGGAAAACACAUUUUUGUAAUUCAUAUUAUCAUUCAUCCAAUUUGUUUAAAGUUAAAAAUAAAAAAAAUUAUUAUGCUUAUAAAGCUGAUAUUUCACCAUCAAUCAAGUCCUUUUAUAUUAAAGAAUUGUACAUAAAUAUUUAUUUACCUCCUUAUUCUACUGGCAUAUCUAUAAAUAAUAAUAAUUUAAAUGGAAUGACUGUUAAAAAUGGAAAAAAAAAAGACUGGCUAGACCUUAUUUCACAUAGGAAUACAAUCCAAAUACAAAUUCAAAAAACAUUUCCACAACAUGAGGAAAACAAUUAUAAAAAUUUUAUAGUUAUGUAUGAAUUAAAAUUUUUCAACAUUUUUCUUAAGCCUUUAAUCAUUAUAUUCAUAACCUUUAUUGUUAUUCUACUCUUUUAUUUUAUUAAUGGCUUAUCGUUUAGCUUUAUUGGAAAUGAGGAUAAGUUAAAGAAGGAAGCGGAAGAACGUAAAUUUUUUGCAAAAAAAUGCAAAGAAUUGUACGAGAAUUUGUCUCAUAUAUCAGAUAAAUUAAUUAAAUCUUUGAACAAUGUAAAUCCACAAGAAAAGACUAAAAUGAAAGAAAAAUUUUUAAAGGAAGAAGAAAAGUGGACACACGAUUUUAUAUAUUUCACAAAGGAGUUUUCUAGGAACUUUGAAAAUACUUCCAAAAAAGGAAUGCUAAAAAAUUAUAUAAAUAAAUGUUAUAAUUACCAUGCAGUUGUUAAAAAAUGUUUUGAAUCCCAAUUAUAUAACAAUUUGAACAGCAAUUUAAACGAAUUAGCGGAAGUUGAAAAGGAACUAGUUAUUUUGUUAAAAUAUAAUUAG